UGUUCUGAUAGGUAUUCGUUUACCAGAAUCUUCAGAACUUUGAGAAACGUGAAUUUUACUGAAUGUAACAUAUCUCAGUAAGCCUGACAUUUAUAAGGAUUGAGAGUGAUUUCAUUCCCCAAAGAAAAUACAUAAAUGUAACAAACAAAAACCAUUGUAGAUGUGGAUGCUCGGCUAAACCAGAAUACAAAAUGCAUGCAGUGGCGCACAGAAGGAGGACACCAGGUUAUAGUAAUGUCCUAGGGCAGGGUCUGGCUCUGAGUGGCUGUGGGGUCCAAAGUCCUAGAGUUCAGAGACCUAUGGGAACAGUGAAUAGGCUUCCCUGUCUUGCUUCUAGUGUAGCCCCAGUCUUUCUCCCUGCUCCCCCGCUUUCCGAUCAUCACCACUAGUACCAACAGCUAAUUCUCCCGUGUACUUGCUCAGCGCACUAGCCAGUCUGCUCAAUGGCCGCCCUGAGAGACGCAAAGAUCCAUAAGGACGUGCAGGACUACUACGGUCAGGUGCUGAAGAAAUCUGAAGACCUCCAAACCAAUGCCUGUGUCACACCGGCUAGGCCUGUUCCCAAGUACAUCCGGGAAGCCUUGCAGAAUGUGCAUGAAGAAGUAACCUUGAGGUAUUAUGGCUGUGGUCUGGUCAUCCCCGAGCAUCUGAAAAACUGCUGGAUUUUAGACCUGGGUAGUGGAAGUGGCAGAGAUUGCUAUGCAGUCAGUCAGCUGGUUGGUGAGAUGGGACAUGUCACCGGAAUAGACAUGACGGAAAGUCAGGUAGAAGUGGCUAAGAAGUACAUCGGAUAUCACAUGAACAAAUAUGGCUUCCAGAUACCCAAUGUAACUUUUAUCCAUGGCUACAUAGAGAAGUUGGGAGAAGCUGGAAUUAAGAGUGAUAGUUAUGAUAUUGUCAUAUCAAAUUGUGUUGUUAACCUAGUGCCUGACAAGCAGCAAGUACUACAGGAGGUAUAUCGAGUGCUCAAGCAUGGUGGGGAAUUGUAUUUCAGUGACAUCUAUGCUAGCCUUGAAUUGCCAGAAGAGACCAGGAAGCACAAAAUUUUAUGGGGAGAGUGCUUGGGUGGUGCUUUGUACUGGAAGGACCUUGCCAUCCUUGCCCAAAAAAUUGGGUUCUGUCCUCCACGUUUGGUUGAUGCCCAUGUCAUUACUGUUCAAAACAAAGAACUAGAAUCUGUGAUUGGUGACUGUCGUUUUGUUUCUGCAACAUUUCGACUCUUCAAACUCCCUAAGACAGUGCCAGCCAAAAGGUAUCAAGUUAUUUACAAUGGAGGAAUCACAGGACAUGAAGAAGAGCUAGUCUUUGAUACAAAUUUCACAUUUAAGGAAGGUGAAAGUGUUGAAGUGGGUGGAGAAACUGCAGCUAUACUGGAAAAUUCACGAUUUGCUCAACAUUUCCUGAUCACACCAGUUGGAGAGAAGUUGCCAACACCUGGAGAAUGUACUGUUUCAGAAUCAAAGGAUAUAAUUACAGAUCCAUUCAAGCUUGCAGAAAAGUUGGGCAAUUGGACAUCCAGAUGCUCCUCUAAUGCUGCCAGCAGCUGCUGCAGCACAAAAAAAAGCUGCUAGAAUUACAGUUGACCAGAAGUCAGUGAGCCAAGAAAUGAGCCACACACAGCAUAGACCAAAAGGAAGAAUAAACAAUGGAGCAAAUGUUAUUCUGGAUCACUGGUGAAAAUAAAUUGAAUUUUACGUGGUAUUAAGGAUCUAUUUGCCAAUCAUCGAAA